AUGUAAAAUUAAGAACUUUUGUCAGCAAUAGUAGAUUGGAUGAAUAAAAUCACCUUUUUAAAAUAUCAUACAAAUUUUAAAGAAUAUGUUGAUGGUACAUUAUUUAUUCAAAUUUUAAAUCAUAUUAACACCGAUCACUUUGGAUCUAUAUUUCAUGUAUGAUUUAAAUAAAAUUCAUUUAGGUCUUAGAAAAUUAAUCAUAUAUAGAUAAUUGGGCUCUGAAUAUGUCUAGAUUGAAAUUAAUAGUUGAUAAAUUAACAGAUUAUACACACAAAUAAUUAGAUUUAAAUGUUAUGGAAAUAGCAAAAGAUAAAAAUGAGACUUAGAUUUUAAAACUAUUUGGAAUAAUUUGUUAAGUUUUUAUUAUUUCUAUGUUUUUAGCUAAUUUUAUAGAGUGA